GAGCAGAUGAGGCUGAGUUUCACUGGACUUUACUGGCUGGAUCUGUUUCUAUUCCACUUUUAUUCUGGAUGUUACUCCCGGAUUCAGCUCAUGUUUCUGGGGAGACUGAAGUGUCGAUCAGACGGGAUGGUUCAGCCUCUGUCAGAGGUGGUGAAGACUGUUUAACGCCCUCUACAGGCUGACCUGAGAACUGCAACGUCACUGCCAUCCAGCCACAAAGAGCUAGCCAACCAGUCAACCAGUGGACCAGAGAAGCAGGCCUGUGGUUAGUGUUCAGGCUGUUGAAUGGCCACAGGAGUAAACUACUGGAGCUCUUAUGAACCCAGUUACAAGGUGAGUGAGUGUGUGUGGGGAGGCGAACAGGAGUCGAGCAGCGAGGAGGGAGGAGGCGGGUUCACAUGGGAAACUCAAGCCAUGGAGGUCAAAGGUCAACUCAUCUCAGCACCUGACCCUUUCACCUGUCCGGACAGGAAGCAGAGAGAACGAAUGGCAGAGCUGCAGGAGAGGAGGCGGAGCCUGCAGGCACUGCUGAGCACACGAUUGGCUGAGCUGAGGCGCCUCUGUCUGCAGGAGGCAGAGCUGACAGGUGCGGUGCCCAGUGACUUCCCCCUGGAGACGGGAGAGAAACUGCCUUGUGUCCGACGGAGAGGCGGGACAUCUCGCCAAGGAAACAGGAAGUGUCGAGCAGAGGAGGAAGACUCUCAGCGCUCGAAGCCGAAGAAAACUUUAUUCAGCGGAGCUCUGAGGAAACACAGCGACUCUGAGCACAACACACACACUCAGACACACACACACCAUGGCAAGAGGACUGUACACAGAGGCUGCCACACAGACGACACGGUGAGGUCAGAGAGCAGCUCAACGUCAGAUUCAACAGGACACGAUCACGAUGACAGCGUCUCUCAGUGUCGACCCCCUCUGGUCUCUGCUGGUUCUCCGGUGGAGGUUUUCUUCCAGAAUAAAACCAGGAGGAACUCAGUGCACAACAGGACUGACCAUUCAGAGACUCUUCAGACCAACAGGCCCCUCCCCCUGCCUCCCUCCCAUCCCCCACCACUCCCCCUCCAUCCUCCCCCUCCCCUCCCUCGCUCUCAGGACUCCUCCCCCUCAUCCGGCCCCGCUGAUCCAGGAGCAGCGGCAGAGACGGGGGUCAGGGUUAAUGCAUUUCGUCACAGUAACAGCUCAGAUGGCCUCCUGGACCGCAUCAACCCCCCAGAGGAUGAGGGGGGGGCACAGCAAGGUGGGUUGUGGGUAAACGGUCUGCUGGGAUCCAGAGGAACAAACACCACAGGAGCAUUCAGGAGCUCUGAGACGCUGACAGACGGACGGACAAGGACAAAUAAUGGACUCUCCGAGGGUGCAGGGAUGGGGCGAGGAAGAGGAGGAGGAAGAGGAGGCGGGUAUAACGAGGUCCUGCUGGACUACGUGUGGGGCAAACAGCAGCAGCUGCAGCGACAGCAGUCCCAGACCAACAACAGGCAGCCAGUCACAUCACACCAACAGCUGCUCUACAACGGAUUCUCCUCCCAGCCGCCCCUGGGAGCCCCAGCCACUUGCCGCGCCCACCCGGGCGACCAGCGGCGAAUCAAAGUGACCCGUACCAAAUCCUGUGGCCCCUUCCUGCCAGUACAGCAGAGCCAGACUGAUACCCAUAAUCCUCCUCUGUCCGCCAUCCAGCCAGAUCCCCACCCCCACCUGCUGCCCCCCCGACCCCCACAGCUGCCCCCCAACCAGGACGCACAGCUGGAGGAGGCCACCAGGAGCCUCCACAAGGCCCUCGCCCUUGAAGGUCUGCGGGACUGGUACCUGAGGAACACGAUAGGCUCCACCCACCAAAACCAGGCCAAUGGAAAGGUCAACACAGGGGUAAACACCAAGGUUAACGAUGGAGUCAAAGGUCAGGCCGGAGGCGGUGGAGCUCUGCAAGGCAGACGGAGGACUCAUGGUGUCAUCCAGCAGUCGACCUAUCAGACGGACACAAAUCAUCGUCACGCUCUGCCGCAUCACAAACAGACGUUGCCACAUUCAGCCACCUUCCAUGGACACCCGCUGCACGGCAGGUCUAUGGAUAGCUCUCUCUACCACGACUCCUUCCCUCCUCAGAAACAGGAGGUUCCUCUCAGAGACCUGACUCUGGACCAGCCGUCUCCUGGAACUCUUGUCUGACUCACUGACCAAUCAGACCGCUCAUGGAUAGAUACGCAGACCAAUCCGGGCUGGCUUCCUGGGAUCACCAACUCCCUGGACUGCGUGUCCUGCUGGUUCUUCAGGAGAACCAGAAGAACACCUGCAGCUCAGUGUUAACAUCAUGUUUGUGGUUCAGACAUUGGUUGUCAGAACCUACUUCCCUCUGACUUCACCUGAAACCCCGUCUGCCAUGAUGUCACACACAGGAUGAUGAUGUCACUGUCCUGUUGGAGGCUGCAGUCUGACCUCAGGGGGGCGUUUCUGGGUGAACUCAGAUCUGUAAAUCUUCAUGUGUCAGUCAGAGCUGCUGUCAGCAGAAGAAAACUGAAAUUAACAGCAAAGCAAACCCCAAAACCAGGUGUGUUACCAAACAAAUCUGAAUAAGCCCCCUCGGGUCAAACCCAUGUCAGACUACCACAUAUCUGUGGACCCUCUUCUGGAUCAGGGUUGGAUACUGCUCAGCUUUGAUGAACUGUUGUUUCGAUCAGGGAUGGAACUUAAUUUCACGAUACUGAUGUCUAAACAUCAUUUAAUAGACUGAAGCUUAAGUCGGAGCUUCUUUCCCCCCCAGUUUUUGGGUGAAAAACACAGCUGACGUGUCGCACGUUCAAAACUUGAAGAACAAACUGAACUGCAGGUUUUUUACUGUUGUUGGAUUGUUUUUUAAAGUUUUCUACGGUUAUGUCUUCGUCUUUAAUUUGUGAUCAGACUCAGCUCAGACAAUCAGGACUAAACCAGUUUUUAUAUGAACUUUUGAUAAAAGUGAUGAUGAUGAUGAUGAUAAUGAUGAAACUGUUGCACUCUCUCUCUGAGGACUCAGAAUCACCAGCUCAGUCCAACAGACCAGCAGUUUUUAAAGUCUGAAAGAUGAAUUUUUGAUUAAGUUUAAAACUGAUCCGAUCAGGUGACCUGUUUGAACCCUCAGGUGAGUCCAGACAGAAACUGUCAGGUGAGACUCUUCAGGUAUUCUUACAGUUUGCACUAAACGUUAAACAGCUAUACUGCAGGUUGAUAAUCUAUAAAGAAUAUAAAGACAUGACCAUGAGAACAAACAGUCGAUCACAUCUACGUUAUGAAAGCAGGAAGCUUCCUCCUUCCCUGCACCCAGUGAAGAACCAGUCACACCAGUAACUCCAGUCUCUGUGACUGGAAGCAGCAUCAGGGGUCUCAGUCAUCAAACUGUCUGUAGGAUGCAAAUUAAGGAAAUUUAAAAAAAGACGAAUGAAUGCAACAGAGCGCAAGAGUUGACAUCAGGACUAUAAUUAUGAAUUUAUUACAGCAUAAUAAUUGUUCAAUGUUCAUAUGAAGUCAGUGUGAAUGUUUUUUUAAUUCUAUAUCUGUAUAUAUAGAUAGAUAAAUAGAUAUUAAUUUGUGCAAAAUUAAAUUUUGUGACAAAAAUAGACAGCGACAGAAUAUACAAAGAGCAAACAGAUCAUCUUAUAUGUUAUACAGCCCGAAUAAGCUGGACUGAACAAACAAAACAAAGGUAUAGUAAUAUAUAUAAUGUGAUAUAUACUGGAGUGGGCUGCACGGUGGCUCGGUGGUUAGCAGCGUCGCCUCACAGCUAGAAGAUCCCCGUUUCGAUCCUGCCUGGGGUCUUUCUGUGUGGAGUUUGCAUGUUCUCCCUGUGCAGCGUGGG